UUCAUCACGUUAUUUGUACACAAAGUUUCAGUUCUUCUCCUUUUCCUUUAACCUAGUAACUCAACCACGCCGCCACCACUCACCACUGUAACUGAAUCACGCCGCCGCUGGUUCCUAUUGUGAAUUUACAUUUCUUCUUCACCAUUCCUCUUUCACUAUUUAGGGUUCUGUCUCUCCUUUGAACUCUGAACGUGAUGGAGAUGGAAGGCGACAAAACGUUCGAGGUCGACCUCGGUAACCUAAUGGCCUUCGACUCUCACCAUCCCUUUCCUUCCCAACAACAAUCCAGGGUUGAACUAGUGAACGAGUGUUUGCAGAAAGGUACUGAGUUAGUUCAAGCUAUUGCUGAUUCUCUAUUUACUUUACCGUCAACUGAAGAUAUUGAUGGACCGCUUGUUAAAUUGCCUCCACCGACUACCAGAUUACCCAGAGAGAAACACUUUCCAAGGCCUAAGCCUCCUACUAAAUGGGAAGCUUUUGCUCAAAGAAAGGUUAGCUGCAAUCGGAAGAAGGACAAAGUUGUGUUUGAUGAGCAAUCUGGAACAUGGAAACGCAGACAUGGUUAUGACCGUGCAAAUGAUGAAGAAGCUAUACCUAUUAUUGAAGCUAAACCUACUGAUGAUCCAGAUGAGGAUCCUUUUGCCAAAAGAAGAGAAAACAAAAAGGGAAGAGUUGAUAAACAGGAGAAAAAUCGGCUACAAAACUUGAAGAAUGCUGCAAAGUUUGGGGCCUUACCCAGCCAUGUCCAGUUGGCUGCUACAUCUUUGCCCAUCACAGGAACCCAGGCAGCCCCAAAGAAAGCUACCAAGGAUGAAUUGGGCAAUGUAGCAGGAAUUGCAGCAUCUGCCACAGCUAGUGGUGGGAAAUUUGACAAGAAAUUGCCAGGAGAAAAGCCUCCACAACAUAAAGGAAAAUACCGAAAGUUCUUGCCAGUGGCAGAAGGAACAGGGAUCGGAUCAAUGGAGAGGGAACAAACUGAUAAAAUAUUGAACAAGAUCAUGUCCAAGAAUAACCAUGAUAUACUCAAUGUUAACAAGGCUGUCACAGUGCACAAUGUGAAGAAAGAGAAAAACAGGAAGAGUGAUAAAUCCAAGGUUUCAUCAAGCAACAAAUUGAAACCUCAGAAGAAGUCUUUUAAGAAGGGAAAUGCAAAGAAAGGCAACCCAAAAGCACAGUAAUUUAGAUUUUAUUGAAGCUUGUAGUUUUUUGGAAACACUUUUUAGUGGUUUGAAGUUUUGUAGAAGAAUAUUUCAUAUAUCUAUUGUUAACCAUUUUUGCAUGUUGUUUAAGCUAUCAGAACAUCAGAUAUUUCAAGUGAUUAUUAUACAAGAAGUUACUUGUAUCAAUAGAGCAAAUUUAUUGUCA